AAUGAACAAGACAACGGGAGUUGAGAACAUAAACGAGGAACCCGGAAAACACAGAGAGACUAGAGAGAGAGAGAAGAGAAGGACCAUGGGGACCUUGUGGUUAUGGCUCUUGUCCUUCUUCUUCCUUGUUGGUCUGCUCUGCACCCUAGGUUUCCAGCUUAUGUGCUUGGUGGACCUUGAGUUUGACUAUAUCAAUCCAUAUGAUUCAGCAUCCCGGAUAAAUGGGGUUGUUUUGCCGGAGUUUAUAGUUCAAGGAGUCUUAUGCUUCUUCUUUCUACUUACCAGAAAUUGGCUUAUGUUUGUGUUCUCUCUGCCGUACCUAUGUUAUAAUGUGAGAUUGUACAUGCAGCGGCAGCACUUGGUUGAUGUAACUGAGAUCUAUAACCAGCUGAGAUGGGAGAAAAAGCUUCGGUUUUUCAAGAUUGGCUACCUCAUUAUCCUAUUUUUCCUCUCUCUAUACUGGUUGAUUUCAAGCAUCUCAGAGGAAGAUGAAUAGUGAAGGAGUACAUCUCUUGACAAGCUUGCUGCUUUCCAGGUAUCUUGAUGGAGGCCUGAGAUAUGGGUUUUUUGGGUUCUUUUUCCAGGAGCACACGAAAUUUAGCCAGCAUUCAGGCACCUCAUUGGCAAUUUAUUAAUGUGUUGGUAGCGUCAUCGAUGUUCCACUCUUUAUAUGCAGGCAUUCUUCCUUUUUUUUUUUCUUGUUUAUGAAAAAGCCUUGUAUUCUUAUUUUAAAAUAACAACACACGGUAUGAAGCAACAAAAGGUAUAGGAGUAGAUUGCAAUGGGUCAUCAUGUAUGUUUAAGUACUUUUAUUUGCAGUAAAUAUGAAGAAACUUGAUACCA